UUAGAAGUUGUAACAGCUCUGUUUCUCUCCAGGUUUUCCCAGUUCUGCUGUCUCAUCUUUGGAGAUAACCAGGUAAAGAAGAGGUCACAACACUGAUCCGAGCUGCAGGAUCCCCUCACCACCUCCAGGUGUUCAUCAUCAAGUGUUCACCAUCAUCACUCCACUUCUAAAGGACUUGUCUGUCUUUCCCCAGUCACUGAAGCAUCUUCCCAACGUCCCUCUGUUCUUGCACAGGUCAUCAUGCCCUGUCAAUUAGAAGAGCUUAGAGAAGGAACACAGUGAUCCAAGGUGCUGUGUUCGCUCUGCUCCAGCAUCAUCCCAGGUCCUGGUGAGUUGUCAUAGAUCUGGGGAAAUACCCUUGGAGGGCAUUUAAUCCCUGGGUUGAAGACACUCCCAUUCUGAGUGCGACCAAGGCGAUGUUUUCCCUUUGCAGCAGGAGAAUCUGCUGAGUCUCUUCAAAAUUCGGUGUCAUGAGUUCCCAUUCAUGAUUGGGAAAUGUCUAAAAUGCCAAAGGCAACUUGACAUAUAAAAAGGGGAUUUAGGGUGUGUGUGAGGAAUUGUGAAAGCUAAUAUUAUAGCAGGGAUGUCAUCAAAACUGCUGCUUUCCAUGGAGCUUUGAUUGGGAAGAUCUGUAUCUGGAAUGAUUGGGAGCUACUAAUAAAGGCUGGAAGGCCAAGAAGGGGCUGCAGAGAAGCACGUUAUUGUACAAGGUGAUUGUCAAGAUGUUAUAAAGAUACGGGAGUCCACUUAGUCACUGCGACUGGUUCCAAUGUUCUUGUUCUUUUAUUCCCUUCUCUAUUGCAGGGUGUGUUUCUAGGCAGGCCCAAAUAUGGCAAAGCUCAACUGGGAAUCUGUCAACAGCCCCGUGCUGAUGAACAUAAUAAAUCGGGUUCCACCUUCACGCCCAUGCGGCCCCAGCCCACCUCCAGGAGCGGAUAAAAGGGAAUGCUUGGAGCUUCGGAGCCAGAGAAGACUGGGCACACUUCUCUCUGUGCUCAUCCCGCAGCAGCACAGCUCCAUUGGAUCUUCUGCUCCUCUUGGGUUUGACUCCACUUGGAAGAACCGGCCAUGUCUCGGCAGUCUGUCUGCAGAAGCUUUGGAGGCGGGAGUAGAAGGGGCUACAGCUCUUGCUCUGCCAUCGGUGGUGGCUUUGGAGGAGGUGGCGGCAGAAGCAGGAUCAGCUACAGCUCAUACUCCUCAUCCAGGGGAGGUGGAGGAGGCGGACAAUGUGGAGGGUAUAGCAGCAGGAGCCUCCAUAACAUGGGGGGCAGCAGAAGAAUUGCAGUGGGUGGAUGCUAUGGUGGUGGAGGAUACGGAGGCAGAAUGGGUGGCUUUGGUGGACCCUGCGGAGGAGGAAUGGGUGGCUUUGGUGGAGGCAUGGGUGGCUUUGGUGGUGGAAUGGGUGGUGGAGGAAUGGGUGGCUUUGGUGGUGGAGGCAUGGGUGGCUUUGGUGGAGGAAUGGGCGGUGGAGGAAUGGGUGGCUUUGGUGGCCCUGGCUUUCCUGGAGGCAUCCAGCCGGUGCAAGUUGACUCAAGCCUCCUGCGGCCGGUCCAUGUUGAGAUCGACCCCCAGAUCCAGCAAGUGAAAAACCAGGAGAAGGAGCAGAUCAAGACUCUUAACAAUCAGUUUGCCUCCUUCAUUGACAAGGUCCGCUUCCUGGAGCAACAGAACAAGGUCCUGGCCACCAAAUGGGAGCUGCUCCAGCAGCAAGGACCAUCAGGGCCGAGGAAGAACCUCGAUGUCAUCUUUGAAAACUACAUCCAGAACCUGAGGAGGCAGCUGGAUUCCAUCCUGGGCCAGAGGGGGCAGCUCGAGUCGGAGCUGCAGAACAUGCGGCAAUACGUGGAGGAGUACAAGACCAAGUAUGAAGAAGAAAUCAAUAGGCGUACUGCUGCUGAGAACGAGUUUGUGGUGCUCAAGAAGGAUGUGGACAAUGCCUACAUGACUAAAGUAGAGUUGGAAGCCAAGGUGGGAGCUCUGACCGAUGAAAUCAGCUUCCUGAGGUGCAUCUAUGAGGAGGAGCUGGCUCAGAUGCAGACCAUCAGCCGGGACCUGUCCGUGGUGGUGUCCAUGGACAACAGCAGGAACCUGGAUAUGGACAGCAUCAUUGAGGAGGUCAGGCGCCAGUACGAGCAGAUCGCCCAGAGCAGCAGAGCUGAAGCUGAGGCUUGGUACCAGAGCAGGUAUGAAGAGCUGCAGAACACUGCUGGAAGGCAUGGGGACAGCCUCCGCAACACCAAGAUUGAGAUCCAGGAGCUGACCAGGAACGUGCAGAGGCUGCGGGCUGAUAUUGAGAACGUCAAGAAGCAGAACCAGCAGCUUCAGGCAGCAAUUGCUGAGGCCGAGGAGCGGGGUGAGAUGGCCCUGAAGGAUGCCAGGAGGAAACUGGAAGAGCUGGAAGCUGCCCUGAGCAAAGACAAGGAGGAGCUGGCUCGCUUGCUGAAGGAGUACCAGGAGCUGCUCAACAUCAAGAUUGCCCUGGACGUUGAGAUUGCCAUGUACAGGAAGCUGCUGGAGGGAGAGGAGAACAGGCUGUGCAACGAUGGCAUGUCCAACGUCAAUGUCUCGGUGGUAGGCAGGACCACCAUCACCGGCGGCAGAGGAGGAAUGGGAGGCGGCUUCGGAGGAGGCAGCGGCAUGGGAGGAGGCUUCGGCGGCGGCAGCUGUGGCAUGGGAGGAGGAAUGGGAAUGGGAGGAGGGAUGGGAAUGGGAGGAGGGAUGGGAAUGGGAGGCGGCAGCUGUGGCAUGGGAGGAGGGAUGGUCGGCGGCGGCUUCUCCUCCGGCAGCGGGAGGAUGUGCGGCUCCGGCGGGGGCAGCUUCAGCUCCGGGGGGGGCUCGUCCUCCGUGCGGAGAUGUGUCACCACCACCUCGGUCAAGUCGUCAGGAGUGAGGUUCUGAGCCCCGCGCCGCGCCGGCAAAGGAAAGCGGCGUCUCCCCCGCUCCCCCGGCAGCAGCCCAGCCUCCCCGCAGCCAGCCCCGGGCUCCGGCAGCCACACGGACUGGGUCCCUCGCCUGUGCCACCGCCACCCGGCUCCUCCCUGCGGGGAGC